AUUUAGCUCCGGGAAGAGCACAGGAGGCAAGAGACUCGGUUGUCAAACACCAUACACAACACCGGUGUCCAUCCCAGGUGCAAGGAACAGGUGAACCGUUCUUGGCUUGCUCCGCUCGCGCCUCGGACUCUUGUCGUCUUUGCGUCGUCUUGCUUGCGGUUGUUUGCAUUGCUGAGUGGAGCGAGGCAAUAUUCGAUUGGUCGGGGUCAGGCGUUUAUUGGCGACUUUUGUUGUGACAGUUAAGCAAGCGCCGGGAGAUGAGCAGACUUGCGAUGGUUGGCGGCAAGAAUAUGCUGCGGUUGGCGAGCCGAGUGGCGCUGCUGGCGGCGGUGGUGUGUUUGGUGGUGGAGAGAUGUGCGGCGGUGUGUGGUGACGGCAUCCUCGAGCCGCUCGAGGUGUGUGACGACGGGAACCGGGUCGGCUACGACGGCUGCUCCUCGGUCUGCCUCAAUGUCGACUACGGGUACGAGUGCGCGACGCCCGGGGCAGCGUGCACACGGCUGUUUACUUGCGGCGACGGCGUGGUGGAAUCGCCGCAUGAGACGUGUGAUGAUGGGAACAAAGUGUCGGGCGACGGAUGUGGGCGCGACUGCCUCGUCGAGGGAGGGUACAGCUGCACCGGAGGGCCGUCGGUCUGCAGCGCGAAUUCAGUGUGCGGCGAUGGAUUCGUGGACGCCAGCGAGGCGUGCGAUACCGGAAGCGCGCCGGCGGACGGGUGUGAGUCAUGUACGACUGUGAGCGCAGGUUAUUUUUGCCCGCUCGGUGGCUCACCGUGCUACCUCCGCAACUGCACCAAGCCUGCGGGGUCGUAUCCUCCGCCAGGUGAGGAUGUUGUAGCCGGCGAGCACCAUCCCGACUGCAUGGGCGUUUGCGGUGGUUUUGCGUUUGUGGACGAGUGCGGGGUGUGUGCCGGCGGAACGUCGGGAGUCCUGCCCAACUCGGCCAAGGACCACUGCGGCGUGUGCUUUGGCAAGAACAUCGACAAGGACUCGUGCAACGUGUGCUUUGGCACCGACUUUGGAGUCGACGCGUGUGGAGUGUGUUUUGGCAACAACGCGACGUGCCGCGGGUGCGACGGAGUGCUCAACUCGGGCAAGCGCGACGAUGCGUGCGGCAUCUGCGACGGUGACGGCUCGUCCUGCAUGGGCUGCGAUGGCAUUCCGGUCUCGCUCGGCGGGAGCAUCUACGACGAGUGCGGCGUGUGCGGCGGGAACAACACUGCGCCGUGCAUUGUCGGGUGCGACGGCGUUGUGGGCUCGGGCCUGGUGUACGACUGCGCCGGGGUGUGCAACGGGACCAAGGUACGCGACGUGUGCGGGGUGUGUCUCGAGCCAGACUCGCCGCUCUUUGACUGGCACAAGACAGCCAGCUCGUGCAACAACUGCUUUGGUGGCCACGGGACGUCACUUCCGUAUGUCUCGCCAGACUCGUGUGGUAUCAAUUGUCCGCUUAACGACUGUACUGGACACGCGCUCGACGCGUGCGGCGUGUACAGCGGGAGUGGCGACACGUGCGACUCGACGUGCGGGACGAUUGUGCCGAUGACAGAUCCGACAGCCAAGGUUGUGGACAACUGUGGGACGUGCGGCGGGGGCGACUUUAGCGGAUGCCUGGUCGACACCGACUGCACGAACCGGGUCAAUGCCGCGGAUCCGCUGCGAUACGACUGCCGCGGAAUGUGCAACACGACCGGGACGGUGUAUGCUCCGGACUUGUGCGGGGCGUGCUCGCCAGUUGCGCUCGCGCUGCAGCACUCUGUCAUCACGCUCUGUGGUUGCUUCCAGGGCAAGGACUCGCUCGACGAGUGCAACACGUGCAAGGGCCAGUCGAACGCGCUCGACGAGUGCAUGGUGUGCUCGGGCGGGAACACGAACAAGGACAUGUGCGGGGUGUGCUUUGGCUACGGACAGCUACGCGACUCGUGCGGAACGUGUAACGGGACGAACAACUGCGUGGGGUGUGACUACAUUCCGUACUCGAACCGGACUGUGGUGUGCGACGAGUGCGGCGGCGACGGGUCAGCGUGUGCGGCCGGAGCACAAGCCGAGUCUGAGCGGUUUACCGCGCUGAUGCUCAUGGGCGGCGGCUCGCUGUUCCUCCUCUGCUGCGUCGGCAUCAUCGGCGUGAUUGUCUACCGGCGGCGGCAGCGGUCGUUUGUGAGCAAGUACGAGAAGCGGCGGGCGGCAGAGCUGGGCAACCACCCGACGGGUGAAGUCACGAUUGUGUUUACCGACAUCGAGGGCUCGACCUCGCUCUGGGAGAACUUCCCGACCAUCAUGCCCAAAACGAUCGAGACGCACCACUCGAUCUGUCGGCGGGCGAUCCUAGAGAAUAACGGGUACGAGGUCAAGACUGAGGGUGACGCGUUUAUGAUUGCCUUCCACCAGCCGAUCGACGCCAUCUCGUUCUGUGGCAAGAUGCAGCUGAUGCUGAUGAAGCAAAAGUGGCCGGCGCAGAUCAUGAACCACCCGUAUUGCAAGGUGGAGAAGGACUCGUCUGGAAAGGUGGUCUUCAAGGGCCUCCGGGUCCGUAUGGGCGUCCACACCGGGUACCCCUCGUGCCGCAAGGACGACAACACCGGAAUCAUGGACUACUUUGGCUCCAUGGUCAACCGGGCGGCGCGUGUGGAGCAUGCGGCAUCGGGCGGGCAAAUCCUGGCGUCGGCACGGUGCUACGAAGCGUGCCGGGUUGUGGUCGAGGCGCCCAAGUCGCCGUACAUUGCUGUCUCGCUCGGCGAGAAGCACUUUAAGGGCAUCAAGGGCCGCAUGGCCAUUUACCAGAUCAUGCCGCGGCAGCUCGCCUCACGGCCGUUCAAGGCCGUCACCUCGUAUGUCGAAAAGGCUGCGCCGUCGGCCGACCAGCCGUCGGCUACCCUCAAUGGCUCGACCUCGGUCCUCGCUCCAGACGCGCUCUCGACCUCGUCGUCCGAGGACGACGAGUUUGACGCCUUCCGCGCGGGCACGCAGCGCGCCGGCGCCGCUUUUCAGGCCGGUUGGUGAGUUGGGAGAUAGACGACGUACAUAGAUCACAGUUCCUC